CAAAGAGACAACAACCCGACCAAAGAGCAGAAAACAGCCCAAGGCCACCAAUGGGUCUUCAAUACAGCAAGAAAAUCCCACACCUGGAGGCAUGCUUCAGCUGGCCCCUAAACAAAAAUGUGUACUAGUUCAGUGAUAAUGGACGUCAUACUUAACUCCAAAAUAUAUAAAUGAACUAAAAUUAAAAAUCAUACAAGACUAACAAAUUAAGAUUCGUUUCCCUCCCUCUUCCAAUUAGUAACUGAUGUUUUGCAUUACAUUUACGGGAGACGUAAUAAAGUCGGUUGGAGAGGAAUUGUGGAAAGAAGUAGAGAAUGCUUACAGAGAUUCUGGAAAAAUAACAGAUGAAAUCCUGUCUGCAUUAAGUUUUGUAUACCAAUCUCCCCUGCUACCAGCUCUGGAUUUAGUGGAUCAUCGAAAUGUCAGUCACAUGACCUCACCUAGUGGUAGGUCUGUAUACCAGGUGAUUGGCAGUUCUGGAACACCUUAUACCUGCUUUACAACCAGUCUUUAUUGUUCCUGUCCAGCGUUCAGAUACUCGGUUCUGAUGAAAGAUGAUCAUUUAAUGUGUAAGCAUGUAUUAGCUAUAAAAUUAUCUGAGGCAAUGAAGCUGACGAAGACAUUGGAAGUUACUGAUGAUGAAAUGGCAACAUUACUUAAAACAAUAGAAUGAAUAAAAACAAUGAAACUACUGGAUACUGAAUUGGAAACAUUAGAUAUAAUAAUAUAAGGAAGGAUAUACAAGAAAUGACUUGAAAAGAUUAGAAAGUAUUUCAGACAACCUUAGAAUGCAAUAACUAGAUAUUUUGUAAUAAUAGAAUUAAGAAAAAUAAAGUGAACAGAAAUUAAUAUAAUACUAGAAAUCACUUGUUAAGAUUGAAUAGUAUUUCUUAAAACAAUAAAGUAAACUAUAAAAAUGCAACUUAUUGUACACAUAUUGUACAAGUUCUUAAUCAACUAAUUAAACAUUUUUGGACACGU